AUGGCCAAAGGAGUAGUAUCAGAGAAGAUGAAACUUGUGGUGGCAUUGAUCACACUUCAGUUCUGCUUUGCAGGCUUCCACAUUGUCUCAAGAGUAGCUCUUAACAUUGGUGUCAGCAAAGUUGUUUACCCUGUUUACAGGAAUCUUCUUGCCCUUCUCCUUAUAGGUCCCUUCGCUUACUUCCUCGAAAAAAAGGAAAGGCCUCCACUCACAAUCUCUUUGCUGGUUCAGUUUUUCCUCUUGGCACUCAUUGGAAUCACAGCAAACCAAGGAUUCUAUCUACUGGGACUCUACUAUGCAACUCCAACUUUUGCUUCUGCAAUGCAGAACUCUGUUCCUGCCAUCACUUUCAUCAUGGCUUGUGCCCUACGGUUGGAGCACAUAGACCUGGUGCGAAAACAUGGUGUGGCAAAAGUACUAGGAACCAUAGUGAGCAUUGGGGGAGCCACAGUGAUCACAUUGUACAGAGGUUUUCCUAUGUUUAACAAGGGCCUUAACGUGCAUGAGGAUGAUGUGACCGAAUCUAACAAAUCUCAGAACUUGACAAUGGGAUGGUUAUACCUUAUGGGUCAUUGUCUGUCAUGGGCUGGUUGGAUGGUUCUUCAAGCUCCUGUGCUAAAGAAGUACCCAGCAAAGCUUACUCUAACCUCCUUCACAUGUUUCUUCGGUCUGGUUCAGUUUCUGGUUAUUGCUUUGUUUGUAGAAACUGAUCUUAAUAACUGGAUCAUCCUCUCUUGGGAAGAGCUCUUCACCAUCCUAUAUGCGGGAAUAAUAGCGUCAGGGUUGGUGGUUUAUCUUCAGACAUGGUGUAUCUACAAAGGCGGCCCUGUCUUUGUUGCAGUCUUCCAGCCUCUCCAGACACUUCUUGUUGCUGCAAUGGCGUUUCUUGUUCUUGGUGAUCAGUUAUACUCUGGAAGUGUUCUUGGUGCAGUGUUCAUAAUGCUGGGACUAUACCUAGUUCUUUGGGGCAAAAACCAAGAAAGAAGACAGAUUCUUGAAGAGACAAUUCAACAAGAUCCAGAGUCUCUAACCAAACAUCUACUUGAGGAACACUGAUUCUGAACUGUUUACACUUCUCUGUACAUAUACACACACACAAGAACUUGGCCAAAACUCAUGCUCCUCAAGUGGAUCUUUACUCUUUUCAUACAAUGGAUAUUCUAGUCGUUUUACUUUUUGAGUUGUAAUCAAAAUUGGGUUGCAAUUAAUUUAAGAAUAAGUGAAAAGAAAAUGAAACUAAAUCAAAGUUGACAAUGA